AAAUCAUUUUAGAAAACGUCGAUGCUGCUGUCCAGAGCUGAGGGAGGAGAGGAGGAGGAGGGGAGAGAGAGAGAGGUGAGGAAGGGGAGGGGUAGAUAACUCUAUCAGGAUGACACACAUAUUCACAGAGAGGAGGAGAAGCCCUGCAGAGGACACGCGUGUUUUCAUCAUGUAGGCAGAUGGACUCAGCUUCAUCCUCAAACUUCAGACCAGCAUGUUUCCUGCGCUGCUGCUUUGACUGCAAACACAGACAGACGGAUCCGGAUCUCUGCACAGACAUUCAAUAAAAACACAGGAACAGAAAAUGGUGGUCGCAGACGUCCUCUUCCUCUCUCUGUGGAUUACCACAGUCUUCACCUCAGGGCUCAGAUGCCCUGAGCUUUGCACCUGCGCAAAUAGAUUCGGCCGCCAUAAUGCUGAGUGCUCCUACAAAGAAUUAACUGCGAUGCCAGAGGGUUUGCCUCCUAACGUUUCAAUAGUGAGUCUUUCUGCCAACAAAAUCAGUUCAGUACAGUUAGGGAGCCUGGACAGUGUCCCCCUAGUGACGUCACUGUGGAUGGCCCACAAUAAGAUCGUCACCAUUGAACAGGGGGCCCUCGCACCCCUAGUUCACCUGCGAAACUUUGAUGUCAGCCACAACAGAAUAGUAGACUUUCCUUGGGAGGAUCUGCAGAACCUCACGAGCCUUCAGCUGCUGAAGAUGAACAACAACGAGAUGUUCCACCUGCCAAAGGAUGCCUUCGCCAACCUCAAAUACCUGAGAUCCCUCCGGCUCAGCAAUAACAGAUUCACAACCAUAACUGAAGGGACGUUUGAGGGUUUGGUGUCUUUGUCCCAUUUGCAGAUAUUUGAAAACCCUUUUGCUUGCACCUGCUCCCUUGACUGGCUCAGAGACUGGAUUACAAAGACAACCGUCUCAGUCCAAGAGAAGGAUUUAAUCAUCUGUUCGUCUCCAGAGAAUCUCAAAGGGAUAGUCGUUGGAAAAUUACAAGAGUCAAAGUGCACCAGCCCAAAAGUCACGAUACAAACCACGCCAGGCAUCUAUGACACAACUUUCUGGGAGACUAGUUUCUUGGUCUUGACAUGUGAAUUCAUCGGAAACCCAAAGCCGUUGGUCAUGUGGAGCAUUCACAGCAGGAGUCAGAAGCAACAGGUAGCUUUGUCAUUCGCAGAGGAGGACUCGGAUGAAUUAAACGAGGGAUCCCUACUGUCCAAUAACCCUGUCCAAGUCUUUAAUAACGGGACUCUGAUCAUUCCAUAUCUCACAAAGGAAGACAGCGGCAACUACAGCUGCUCAGCCACCAAUGAAUUUGGAAGAGAUGAAAAUUCAGUGUCAGUGGAAGUGGUGGCUUUACCGGAGCCAACACCCACUGAACAACUGACUACAACAACAGCUUACACAGAACCAGAGCCGACUGUUCCCCAGACGACUGAAGGCAGAGUAUCUGUCUCUGAUUCUCUUCCUGAUUUAAAGGGAAAUGACUCCAUAAAUAUUGAACCGACUGUGGCGCCAACUGCAGAGGUCGAGUCAUCCCAGGAGGUAACCAGACAUCCAUCUCAUGAGAGCAAAUGUGGCGUGACAGUGAACACAAAAUACAUUUCUAGCCAUGUCUUUAAUGGGAGCUUUGAAGACAUCAAGCAGUACACGUUUGACUUUGGUGUCAUCGCGUUAGGAGUGUCAGAAACAGAGGCAACAGUGCGGCUCAAUCCUCUGCUUAUUCCCAGAGAUAAGAGUUCCAAUCAGGAAGACACAGACGCCACAUCUGAGAGCUUGGACGAUGACAGUGAGGAGCUUCAAGGCCUUGCAGACUUCUCAGAGACGGUCCAAUCAAAUGGCUUGUAUCUGUGUGUUACUGCAGACCACAAACACUCAGCCGUGCAGUGGUCUAGGAUCAGGGAAGGGAUCAAUACAUAUCUGUUUAGCGAUCUGCGCCCUGGCACCAACUACUCCCUUUGUCUGACCUAUCGAGGGGAAGACUGCGAGGUCCAGGUUCUCUUCAGCACCCGGAGGCGGGUACCCAACCUGUUCAUCAUCAUCUCCGUCAGCAUCUGCCUCCUCACCGUGUCCACCGUGCCACUUCUCGGCGCAACCUGCUUCCACCUGGUGUACAAAUACCGCAGCAAGACCUACAAGCUGAUCAUGAAAGCAAAAGACCAGUACCACGUGGAGAGGAACAUGACCGUCAACUUCAACAUCCAUGCACCUCACAACAACUCCCACAGGAAGAUCAACGGCAGCCAGCUGGACGAGGAGGAGGGGGAGACAGAGACGGAGAGCGGGGAUGGAGAGAAAGAGGCUGAUACAGAGGAAAGUAUCAUGACUGAGUCCUUUUCUUUAUCUCAGUGCCGGGGGAAUCUAGACAACUGUGAGGUAGGAUCAGAGUAUAGUGACAGGCUACCUCUGGGAGCAGAAGCAGUGAAUAUUACAGGCAACUAAAAAAAUCCACAUUGUAAUGUUUCUGAAUCUGUUAUUGCAGUCUCUUUUUUAUUAUUUAUUUAAAGGGUAAGACAGGUUUUUAUUCUGUUGGUGCCAAUUAUUUAAGUUCACAUAAGCUUACAGGGGCAGCCCAGAGAUGCUGCUUUGUUCCUCAGUCAUCUGACAAGACUGCGAUACAUUUACUUUCACUGAAACUGAAUAUCAGGGACCAGAAGGCUGCUCGCUAUGUUGACUGUUGGUGGAUUUUUCCUGAACAAACUUUUGUCUCUUUGGCCUUUUUCCAAAUUAGGCAGUUUUCUGUCAUUAAUACAUCUUUGAAAGAAAAAAAAACUACAAAAGGAGAAAGAAAUAGGUGACUUGACUUUAAAAUUCUCAUGUUUGACCGUUUCCAAAGGCCUCAUCUAAGCAUUUAAUGCCUGUGCAGCUUCAUAUUUUAUUUAAAUGGCUCUGGUGAUGUUGCCUUCCUGAGAGUUUGAAGUGUUGAAAGCUGAAGUUUGAAAUAUAGGGCAGCGCCCUUAAUUGCUUUCUUGCAGAGAAGUAAAUUGAGUUACUGUGCAGCAGCAGCCUGUUAGCUUAAUGUUCUGCACAAUUGUUGGAGAUUGUUACUAAAAACGCUUUGAAGACAGCAAAAGCAGAGCAUGCUAAGACGAUCCUAAUUUUAAUGUGCUUUUGGAUCCACAUUUGCACCAAAACAUAAUCGACAAUCAUGUAGAAGAGUAUUUAUUUCAUUCCUAGAGUUUAUUCAAGUAGGAAAGUUUACUCAUUUAAAUCAAAGACAUUGAAUAAUGGCUUCACUUUCCACAUCAUAAACCCUGUGAGUAAUACCUGCAUCUGAUUGUUUUCUUUCAACAUACACGGUGGCUUCUAUGAUAUCAUGCUAUGGAUGGAAAGCUAAGAUUUGGAGUGAUAAAAGCUGUUUAAAAUGGAUGUCAGAUUUAAAUGGCUGCUUUGUAACUAUAGUGAAUGGUGAGGUGAGCAUAUUUUCAGACCUCAAGACACUUUGAUUAUUCAGCACAUGUAUGAGGUCAUACAGUCAGAUUUUCUAUAAAUGCACCUUAACUUACAGCCCGUACUCUCCAUUUGUGUUUGCUCGUUGUAACAUGGUUUCAUACGUCCACAUUCCCACCAUGGGCGACUGAAAAUGGACACUCGCCUGGCACUUUUGGAAAGAAGCUGUAACUCUUGCUGAUUUCCUUUUUGACAUGAAAGCAAGCUUAUCUGAUGUUACACAGCAGGUCCUGUCAGUAUGAUAAGCUAGGUCAGCUAAGCCACAGCCGCUCACCGGGAUUGAUUGACAUGUACAGACAAACCAGUACUGAACUUUGACUCGCAGUGUGUUAGGGAUGUUGUUCUACUGACGGCCACAGCCUUGGCAGCGACUGUGAUUGACAAACAGACAAAUCAGUGUUGCGAGCAUGGUGCAUUGUUUUAGUAUUUUGGUUUUGCAAAACUCAGACAGGGAUUGCUUGAAACUGGGAAUUAUUAGAGUUUUACAGAUAUUUGUUUGGACUCAGAGCUUGAAAAGGGGACAGAUCUGGUCAAACCGGGACGUAGGCUCACCCAUUUAGAUUACCCACUUGAUGGGAAAAAAAGAGAGAGUAAAAAGGGAAGUUUAACCUCAUUGGCUCAUCCAAGUGAGCGUGGAGGCUGGGUUAUUCAUUGUGCCUUUUGUUCAGUUUUUUACAGAGGAAGAUUUUAAUAGAACAAAAUGUAGUAGCAAUAUAAACUUUGAAAGGAUAAGACUCCAUGAUAGAACAACAAUCAACAACAAGAACCAUGACGCAUGUGCUGUCAGAAAUUGAAGUUAUAUUAACUGACAGAAGUUUAUUUGUGUUGGCGUUAUAAAACUUCACUUCUUUAUUAGAUGAGGUGAUCUCUUGCAUCCUCUCACCUGCUGUAAGGUGCAUCUGAAAUGUUCUUAUGAUUGCUGCAACCAGAAGCAGGAUAUUUAUUGACCUGAAAACAAUGAAUUCAUCAUGAUCAAAUUUUAUUGCCAACUUUUUAUUUGUAAACUCUUUUUAGAAAUGUGUUCAGCUACUGAGUGAAACUAAAUAAAAAAUGCAACAAAUACAGCUGCCAGUGGGUUCCACAAGCGAACUAUUGAAGCAAAUUUAUCAAAGCUUGUGUCAAAUGUUGCGUGUUUUGCAAAAUAACAAGGAGCAGUAGAUGUAGGCAGCGUUGAAUAAGCUAACUGUGACUAAAAUAAACAAAUAUUCUGCUUUAAACUACUAACAGAGAUCUUGUGCUGUUGUAUUAGGAGUGAAGUAGCUUUAAAAAUACAGACUAACCUCUGAUAAAGGAGCUUAAAUGUUUAAAAAAGAGAAGCUGUGUGUUCUGCAGUGAAGCUCUUUGUCACGUCGCACCGUGAACACUGUAACAGUUUCAUGUUGAAUAAACCUGAGUGUGUUUCGAUAAGCUCUAUCUGAUAAAACAACAUGUGGAUAAGUCAGUUUCAUAUCAUUCAGGUCUACUGCAGUGUGUAACAGUACAAGCUCUGAGUGUGUGUGGAGUUGUCGCUCUGUAGUAUCUGGGUCAUGUGUUCAUCCCGCUGUAGUACCCAGAGUGCUGUGUGUUAGUAGACCUGCAUGCUGCCUGUUGUUGUGUAAAUAUUCCUGACUUGAGUUACACCUUUGAGUCUGUGUUUUAUUCUGUUUUAUACCCUGUAGCUGAGAAAAUGUAAUGUUUUUACCAAAGUGUUUGAAUAUCUGCACUAACUCUCCCUUUACUCUGUGCCUCAAUAAAGUUUUGGUAAAGGAAAACUGAA